CCGAUAGCGGUGGUCGAAUAAUUAAGCUGGUGGAUUUAUAUCCUUCUCCCAAGACUACUCUGUAGUCGCAUCCUUGUCUCAUCUCAUGGCAACUCUUCCUUCUCUUCCCACUAGCUCCCUCCCAAUAGAGUCCCAAAACGGGAAGAAAGGGGAGGAGCAAAACCCAACCCCCUUACAAGAGUAUGACGACCUCAUCUCCACACUCCCACAGCAUGAAGGAUGGCUUCCCCUGCGCCUCCGAAAGUAUCAAGGCUCUUGGUUCCCCGAACACAACCUCCCGGGUGUUAUCGCUGUCCAAAAACGCUUCAAGGCACGACCCACCGACCUCUUCGUGCUGAGCUUCCCCAAGUCCGGCACCACCUGGCUGAAGGCACUGGCAUUCGCCAUCAUUACUCGAACCCAACAUCCCUUGGCUCACCACCCUCUCCACAGUCUCAACCCUCACCAGUGCGUGCUCACCAUGGACAGACUCUUCGCCCUUGGCCAAGCUUCCACCAUAGAAGCCAUGCCUUCUCCUCGCAUCCUCGGCAGCCACAUGCCUUUCUCUCUGCUGCGGGACUCGAUCGAGGGCUCCGGCUGUCGGAUCGUAUACGUUUGCCGGGACGUCAAGGACGUGUUGGUCUCUUGGUGGCACUUCCAUGACAAGAUGAGGCCUGCGGAGAUGGACCGAGUUCCAUUUGCGAAGGCCUUGGAGAUGUUCUGUCAGGGUAUCUGCCACUCCGGCCCGAUAUGGAGUCAUGUUCUCGAGUACUGGGAGGAGAGUCAGAGAAGGCCCGAGAAGGUAUUGUUUUUGAAGUAUGAGGAGAUGAUGGAGGAGCCGACGUCGCAUGCCAAAAGGUUGGCCGAGUUCAUGGGGUGCCCGUUCUCUCUGGAGGAAGAGAAAGAAGGGUUGGUGGAGGAGAUCUUGAAGCUCUGCAGCUUUGAGAACCUGAGAAACCUGGAGGUAAACAGGUCAGAUAAACGCGACGCUGUGCACCUCGCGAAGUUUGAGACGCUGUUUAGGAAAGGAAAGGUGGGGGACUGGACGAACCACAUGAGUCCGGAGAUGGCUCGCAAGUUGGACGAAAUGACCCAGCAAAAGUUCAAGGGUUCCGGUUUGACCGUCUGAGGGUACUGUGGGUUUGAAAUGAUCCUUCGCUUGGAGUUCAAUAAGCCAGCUGCAGUUCACUCAAAGCCUGCUCGCUGACGCCUCCCCGUCUCCUCAUGACCAGUUCUGCAGGAGAGAGCUGUUAUGUUGCACUGCAUUGCAGAGUAGCCAGUUUUUUAUAAAUUUGUACUUCCUUCCGAUACUAAAUCUAGGUCUUGCACCUUGUAAUCUCGGGUUAGCCCUCGCUAACUUAGUUUGGUUUUGGUUUUGAAUAAAUUUGACUUACACUAUUGCCC